AUGGGUUUAUUGUGGCGGAGCUAUGGGCUUUUUGCCGUGCUCACCCUGAUGGGCGUGUUGGCCCAGUACGAAUGGCAACCAAAGGACGCGUUCGACGAGAUCAAGGUGCGGUUCGACAAGGUGAACGGAGACAACUGUCCGAUUUUACCGCCCCGGGAUUUAACACUGCCGGAGGAAAGCGUGUCCCAUCUGCCGGACAUAAAGGACGUCAACAUUAAUCCCGUGUUUCCGAAUCGGACGGCCCUGCUGCACCUGCACAACAUGGCGCUGAGUCGUGCGUUCUUCUGGAGCUACAUUCUGCAGAGCCGCUUCAUCCGGCCGGCCAUAAACGAUACGUACGAUCCGGGCAUGAUGUACUACUUCCUGUCGACCGUGGCUGAUGUCUCGUCCAAUCGGCACAUUAACGCGUCCGCCAUCUACUUCGCGCCGAACUCAUCGUUUUCCUCCUCCUACCGUGGGUUCUUCAACAAGACGUUCCCCCGCUUUGCACCGCGCACCUACCGGGAGGAUGAUUUUAACGAUCCCAUUCAUCUGGAGAAAAUUUCCACCCUCAACACGUUCUACGUUCGCGAUCUCGGUGCGUUUCCACCGGAUUCGGCCCUGCACGACUAUACGAUUAAGAACUACCAUAUCAACGAGUGGUACAAUGCGUGGUUGCCGGAUAAUGUGGAAAAGCGGCACGAUACGAAAACGACAUAUCAGGUGGAAAUCCGAUACGCAAACAACACGAACGAAACGUUCACGUUCCACGGGCCGCCGGGUGCGGACGAAGAUCCGGGACCGGUAAAAUUCACCAAACCGUACUUUGACUGUCGUCGAUCGAACAAGUGGCUUGUGGCGGCUGUUACACCGAUUGCCGAUAUAUACCCGCGCCAUACACAGUUCCGGCACAUCGAAUACCCAACGUACACGGCCGUUUCGGUGCUAGAAAUGGAUUUCGAACGAAUCGAUAUAAACCAAUGCCCGAAAGGUGAAGGUAACAAAGGGCCAAACGUGUUUGCCGAUACGGCACGCUGUAAAAAGGAAACAACCGAGUGUGAACCUAUAGAUGGUUGGGGAUUCCGUAGAGGCGGCUACCAGUGUCGCUGUAAACCGGGGUACCGCUUACCGGGCGUUGUCCGGAGGCCCUACUUGGGCGAGAUACUCGAGCGUGCCUCGGACGAACAGUUUUACAAUGGGUUCGAUUGCAUGAAGAUUGGAUGGGUUCAAAAGGUGCCGAUCAAGUGGUUCCGGGCACCGACUUACGUGCGGGAACAGUAUCUCAAUCGGUACUACGAGUACAAAAACUAUACAACCGGCCCAAGCUCGCUGCAUUCCCACAAGCUCAACAUAAACGAGGUGCUCAAGUUCAUACUGGGCGUAAAUGGACGUUCGUGCAAAAACUAUCAUCCGCAGGAUCUGGUACUGACCGGGGAGUUUGCGUACGAAGCGCAAAGACAGUUUGAUAAUGAGGCCAAAAUGGCGAUCCGGUUGGCGAACUUUAUCAGUGCGUUCCUGCAGAUAUCGGACCCUACCGAGGUGUAUUCGGGCAAGCGGGUGGCCGAUAAACCGUUGACCGAGGAUCAGAUGAUGGGCGAAACGUUGGCACUGGUGCUCGGCAACACACGCAUCUGGUCUGCGGCCACAAUGUGGGAUCGGCGAAAGUUCCCCAACCGCACCCUGUUUGGGCCGUACGCGUACAAGCGUGAGCUAAACACGCGCAAGUUCAACAUGGAAGAUUUGGCACGGUACAACAAAACGGGCGACGAGUACAUCGAUAAACCGUACUUCCGGCUGCUGAAACAGCGAUGGGCAACGAAUUUCGAUUCGCUCGAAAAGUACUACCUGAAGAUCCGAUUGCGCCACAACGAGACGGGCGAGUAUGCGCAACGGUACGAACAUUUCCCGAACUUUUAUCACGCGGCCACGAUGGAUCAUGGCUAUUGGACGACGCCCGAGUUUGAUUGUCAGGGAUAUGUGAAGAAGUGGCUCAUAACGUACGCGGUACCAUUCUUCGGCUGGGACAGCCUGAAGGUGAAGCUGGAAUUCAAGGGAGUCGUUGCAGUUUCAAUGAACAUGCUCCAGCUGGAUAUCAACCAAUGUCCGGAUGAUUAUUACGAACCGAAUGCAUUCAAAAACACUCACAAAUGCGACGAGAAGUCUUCAUACUGCGUUCCGAUCCUUGGCCGUGGGUACGAAACGGGCGGCUAUAAGUGCGAGUGUCUGCAAGGAUUCGAGUACCCGUACGAGGAUCUGAUCACCUACUAUGACGGGCAGCUGGUCGAGGCCGAGUUUGAGAACAUCGUGAAUGAUAAAGAAUCGCGCUUCGAAACGUUCAAGUGCCGUCUGGCCGGAGCAGCCGCACUGCAGGUGCAGUUUACCAUCCUAGCCUUUGUUACGCUCGUUGGUUGGAUUUUGCUGCGCCGGAAUCAAUGUUAG